AGUUUCUCAAAAACUCAAACACAUACCAAAACAGUCUUCAGAGAAAGAAAAAAAGAGAGAGCCAUGUUCGUGAAGCUACUCACCAUCGUCUUCUUCUUCUUCAGUCUACUUUCUCAACUCCUAAAAUCCUCUUCCCAAUCUGUCAACAACUUCACUUACAAUGGCUUCCAUCUUCCACUGACUCUCAUAUCCAUCCAAGGGAAAGCAACCGUCACACCCAACGGUCUAUUAAAGCUAACCCAUUCAACAAUGUACAUGACCGGUCACGCCUUCUAUAACCAACCAAUCCGGUUCAAAGAUUCUCCAAACAGCACUGUCUCGUCCUUCUCCACAACAUUUGUCUUCGCCAUCAUCCCUCAGGUCAAGACAUUUAGCGGCGACGGCAUGGCCUUUUUCGUGGCUCCUACCUCCAGCCCCCCGUCCGGAAAUCCCGGUGAAUACCUGGGGCUCUUCACCCCUUUGAACAAUGGUAACCAAACGAAUGAUAUAUUCGCUGUUGAAUUAGACACCAUUCUGAAUGAUGGGUGCAAUGAUACCAACGAUAACCAUGUCGGGAUCGAUAUUAAUAGCUUAAAGUCAGUUAAAAGUUCACCCGCGGGGUACUGGGACGACGAGACGGGUCAGUUUAAGGACCUUACUCUGAUCAGUAGUCAGCGGAUGCAGGUUUGGGUCGAUUACGAUGGCCUUACCAAUCAAAUUGACGUAACGAUGGCUCCUUUCAAUCAUGACAAACCAAUAAAACCACUUGUCUCUACUGUCAGGGAUCUAUCCUCGAUUCUUUUGCAAGAUAUGUUCGUCGGUUUCUCGGCUUCAACCGGUGCUGUUGUAUCGCAACAUUUUGUCCUUGGGUGGAGUUUCCAGGUGAAGGGGAAAGCUCCCCCGUUGGACUUACAGACACUUCCAAAACUUCCAGAGCUGCAGUCCAAGAGAAAGGGAAUCCCGCCGCUGACUGCCUUCUAUUUUGCUGUGACACUUCUCGCCCUACUUUUCUUUUUGUCCCUAUUGCUCAGGGAAUUUGUGAAAUUUAUCUUUAGGAGGAAGAUAAAGUUUGUAGAGGAGAAGGAGGAGGAGGAGGAGGAGGAGCUAGAAGACUGGGAAACAGAGUUCACCAAGAACAGGGUGAAGUUCAAAGACUUGUACUCCGCCACGGAAGGAUUCAAGGAGAAGGACGUUCUCGGAUCUGGCGGGUUUGGGAGCGUUUACAAAGGUGUCAUGCCCAAUACAAAGAAAGAGAUCGCCGUGAAAAGAGUGUCGAACGAAUCCAAACAAGGGUUGAAAGAGUUUGUGUCUGAGAUCGUGACUAUUGGUCGGAUGAGUCACCGGAACUUAGUCCCUCUUUUAGGUUAUUGCCGUCGGGAAAAGGAGCUUCUUCUAGUGUACGACUACAUGCCCAAUGGAAGCUUAGACAAGUAUUUGCAUAAUAGUCCAGAGGUCACCCUCGACUGGAAACAAAGAAUUAAAGUCAUUAAAGGUGUGGCAUCUGCCUUGUUCUACCUCCACGAGGAUUGGGAACAAGUGGUGAUUCACCGCGACAUCAAAUCCAGCAACGUCUUAUUGGAUGCAGAGUAUAAUGGGAGACUUGGGGAUUUCGGUUUAGCUCGAUUGUGCGGUCACGGUACGGAUCCUCAGACCUCUCACGUCGCUGGAACAUGGGGAUACCUAGCCCCCGAUCACAUGAGGACAGGGAAGACCACGACCGCAACUGAUGUUUUCUCGUUUGGGGUGCUUCUAUUGGAAGUUGCGUGCGGUAGACGUCCUAUCGAGGUUCAUAAAAAGAGUGGUGAGACGGUCUUGCUCGUGGAUUGGGUUUUUGGGUUUUGGAGUGAGGGAAACAUUUUGGAUGCUAAGGAUCCAAAUCUAGGGACAGAGUUUGAUCAAAGAGAGGUCGAAAUGAUUUUGAAGCUAGGGUUUUGGUGCUCUCACUUCAACCCUGAGGCUAGACCAACUAUGAGACAAGUGUUACAUUACCUAAGUGGAGAUUCAAUGUUACCAGAUUUCUCGCCUUUGGACUUGCGUGGGAGCGAGAUGAUGUUGGGAACCCACCACGGACUUAGCAUGACAGGCAUUGGCAUGUUUACAGGUGAAUCUUCCAUGGUUGAUUCUGUCCUCUCCGGUGGGAGGUGACUUUGAAUAUUAGGACGUUUGUGUGCCUUACGUUACAUAUUGUUUCCGUCCGUUUCGUUUUAUAUGUCAGUUCUUCUGUUUAAUGAAAUUGUUUAAAGUUCUUUUUUCGUAUUGAUAAAAUUAUUGAAUUUUCUAA